GCUGUAACAAUGUUUCUAUUUCUACAAUUUAAUAUAUUAUUUUUAUUUUUUGCAACGUGUUUUGCACAAAAUGGCUGCCCGGCUAAUUCUAAUAUCAAACCAUUGCGAGCCCACGAAACAGAUUGCACGAAAUUCUACCAAUGCAGUAACGGACAUGACUUCGAAAUGACCUGCGGACCUGGCACUGUAUUCGAUGAGAAUUUACAGGUUUGCAACUGGCCCUCCGCGGUGGAUUGCAAAAAGAAAUCAAGUCCAAAGCAGCCAGCGAAAUCUCAACCUCCGAAGAAGGUUUCUAAACCACCUUCAAAAGCGCCACCUGCUAAAGGUGCUAAAAAACCAGCCGCUCCAAAAGCUGCUGCGAAAAAACCGGCUAAAGCCUAAAAAUUAUUACAAAAUAUAACAACACUGAAUGAAACAAAUAUAUUCAAUGGUUCUUUUAUAUUCACAAUUUCCGUAUUUGUAAGUUAAUAGCAUGUAUGAAUUGAUAACAUCAGCA